UUUCUAACACAAUUGUGACGAAUUUACUAACAAAGUAAGAAAGAAAUCUACUUCCGAAAUUAUAAACCAUUUAUGAGCAGUCUCCAUUGCAAAUCCGACAAAUCGAGUACAAAUUUGAUAACUGCUUUAUAGUGCUAGUGGUUCGUGACAGUGGCUUGAGGUGUGUCACACUCAUGUGGAAUCUAUCUGGCAAAUCAAGCCCCUCAGGGGCCCAAAACCGGGACGGAAUCGUGGUGGAUACGUAAAAUUGGGCGAAAAAAAAAAUCCUCACGGUUUAAGAAAAUUUUCGGUGAUUGUGAAAGCGCUCGAGCCGUUGCUAAUACCACUUUUGGCAACCGUAACACAAUGCGAACCUCGCGAAACCAGUGCGCGAAUCGCCAGGAGGGCCCAACCGAAAAAAGAGAAACCUUACACCCCGACCGUCAAGUGUCCCUGUCCUCCAACGUCACCCUCGGGAGAGUGAGAGAUAUUGGGAGAACCCAACGAAAGAAAAAAAAAGUACAACGGCCGGAGAUAACGUACAUACCUAAAAUCGCAUUCAUCUCAGACUCCAAUGACUUUCGCGCUGCUCCACUGCGACCGCACCGCCACCAUGUUUCUCCCUGGCGGUGAAAGUUUUGACACAUUAUAAAUAAUUAUAACGAUCAGAGGCGCGCACUUCUUCUUUCUUCCCUUCACAGCUGAAUCAAAUUCUUCGAUCGCAAAUUUCUACUCCUGUUCUUUCAUUCCAAGGCUUGCUUUCCGUGCUGUUCUAUGAUGAUCAAAACCAAUCGGUUCCGGCUAGCGAAUAAACUGGACCUGCGCUGUUUGCUCUUUUUGCUGAUUUUGAUCGCAGGUCAGUGCAAUUCCCAAGGGAACCGUAGGCGUAACAGGAAUGAGAAAUGUCCCAGGGUCCGAGCAAUGCGCAACUUCGAUCUUACGGCAAUGAUGGGAUACUGGUACGUGAUUCAAUACUUCGCCUCGUCGGAAACCUUGCCGGAGUACUCGUGCAUGCAAAGCUCGUUUACAACCUCUGACGGUUUUGUGACCAUGAACUUUACUUACUUCUUCUCUGACGAUCCGCUGAGAAACUUCCAGCAGGGUAACAUAACCUGGGUUAUUCCGAAUUACGCAACACCAGCUCACUGGAUUCAUGCCGAAUGGACCUAUGAGGAAGUUUACAAUACGUACAUUAUCGACACCGACUACCGAUCGUGGGGACUGAUCAUGCACUGUGCUGAGAAAACCAAAACACAAAAGUAUCUUUCGGCAUUGAUGCUUUCCCGAGAACCGACCCUCACGCAGAACGUAAUCAACUUCCUGCGGGAGAAACUGCCCCGAUACGACAUUGAUUUGAAUUACAUGUUUACGAUUCCUCAGACCGAUUGCACUGCACGUAAUCAGGAUCCAGCGAAAUACUUCAAGUAUGAGUCACUCUAGGAUAAUGCGGAAUGGACAAUCACAAACUAUCACAGCAUGCUUUUUACCUGUAAACGAAAGCAAUAGAAUGAAUUGUUAUUUACCAAUUUUCGAGAUAUUAAAGCUGCAAUAUUCGUACUAGUAUAAGUUACAUCUAAGAUACUGAAACAAUAAUAAUGAUUUUACUCACUCUAUUCAUCAAAUAAUUACAAUAAAACUGUCCGAUAUCGAUUGGU